AUGGAAGUAAGGGGUCUUCAUGAAUUGGUGCACGAUGCAUCCCUCAGAUAUGGCAGCAGUCUGGCUGUAAUGUUUUACAGUAGCACAGGAGCAAGUUCUUCGCUUACAUAUGAGGAACUGAUUUCAUCGGCGAACCGAUUAACCACGCUUCUGCGAGAGAACGUCGUGUUGAGCGAACACACCAUAGGGUUAUAUUGUCAGUCGGAUAUGAAUCUCCCUGUUUGGAUCCUGGGCAUCCUUCAGUUACCUGCAGCAUAUGUACCCCUUAACCCUGAUUCACCUCCACUACUCACCCUGAGAAUUAUGGAGAGGUGUGAUCUGACAUUCUGUGUUAUCCAAAGUGAUUUAUUUCAGAGAUUCCAGAGUGAUUUUUCACAUCACCUGUCCAUAGCCCUGUGUGCGACAUGGUCAGUACAGAGACUUAUUUUAGUAAGGAUAAAGAAAGAAUCAUCUUCACUUCAAUCAAACAGUGAGGCACUUCAAACAACAAAAUCAGCAGAAACAGAUCAAGGGACCACUCUCCAACCUGACAUGUCUUUGACACAGAAGGGCCAUCAGAGGGAGCUAUUAGCCUAUGUUUUACACACCUCUGGUACAACUGGGAAUCCUAAAAUAGUGAAGGUCCCACACAAGUGUAUUGUUCCCAAUAUACUGCAUCUCAGAUCUUUGUUUCAGAUGGCAAAGGAUGAUGUGGUGUUCCUGGCCUCCCCUUUGACCUUUGACCCCUCUGUGGUGGAGAUCUUUCUGGCUCUGUCGUCUGGGGCUUGCCUCCUUAUCGUCCCCUCGACUAUGAAAAAGACACCCAACAGACUGGCACAGGUGCUAUUCACACACUACAAGACCACAGUCUUACAGGCCACUCCCACACUGUUGAGACGAUUUGGGAGAAAUAUCUUGCGGGAGAAGGUGCUUUGUGCUGACUCCUCUCUGAGGGUGUUGGCUCUGGGGGGUGAAGUAUGUCCUUCUCCAUCCCUCCUCCGAAACUGGAGACAGGAAGGCAAUAAAACACAGAUUUAUAAUCUCUAUGGCACCACAGAGGUGUCCUGCUGGGCAUGCUACCACAGAAUCCCAGACAGUCUGCUGUGCACAGCGGACAGGACGCAUACAUCUGUGCCCCUGGGGGAACCUUUGUUGGAUACUGCUGUGGAAGUGAGAGAUGAAAAUGGAUGCAGAGUUACUGAGGGAGAAGGCCAGGUGUUCAUAGGUGGUGUCGAUAGGGUGUGUCUCCUAGACGACGAGCUAAUCAUCACUCCUGGAACCAUGCGGUCCACAGGGGACUGGGUAAAGAUAAAAGAUUCCCAGAUGCACUACCUGGGCAGAAGGGACCGGCUGAUCAAACGCCACGGUCAGCGUGUAAAUCUCGAUACUGUUCAACAGCUUGUGGAAAACUUGCCCAUGGUUGAGUCCUGUGUGGUGGGUCUGCAUGAGAGCAGGAGGCUGGUGGCUUUUGUAGUGCCUCUCUCUGGACACCCUUCAUCCUCUGAAGACAAUCGAACAGUUUCAUCCUCAGCUUAUAUGCAUGGCUCAAAGGACUUUAUCUACUCUAACAAGGCCAUAGUGAGAGAGGUCCUCCAAAGCUUGUCUAAACUCCUGGCCAGUCACAGCAUUCCUGAUACAAUCCUAUUGGUCCCUUUCUUGCCACUCACUUCUCAUGGUAAAGUAGACAUUGGUAAAUUGAUGAAGAUGUAUGAGAGACACAGAGAUGUCCCGGUUAAUCCUUCAGACUGGAAGGACAUGGACACUGUGAAAGAAAAGUUGCAGACACUGUGGAAGGAGGCUCUUGGUCUUUCGGAGGAUGUAGAAAUCACGGCCGAUACCCAGUUCUUGUUAAGUGGUGGAGACUCCCUCCAGGCUGUACGUUUGUACGAGGACAUCUCCAAUGCUACAGGAAUGACCUCUACAGGUCUGCUGGAGGCCAUAUUGGAAGGCUGUUUCACAGAUGUCCUUCACCACGUUACCAAGGUCAUGUGCUCCCUGGAGCAAGAUGCAGUUGUUCCACCACCAGCAAAGAGAAAACAUGAGGGUACUGUAGUGCCUUUGAAGAGACAAGCCAUAAACCCAGCAUCCACAAUGGCAAAAAAGAGGACUCCGGGCUCUGCAGUUCCUUCAGAGAAGAGGAUUUUGGAAACUGUGGUUGUAAGAAGAGCCGGCCAGAUUAUGGAGAUAAUGGGAUGCUCUCAAAGCAUUUCUGAUAUGGUCGAACCUAAAGUCAUUAGAGAGGAAACUCUAACGUCCCAUUCAGAUUUGCAUUUUCAUCCUGGACAGGUGGUCAGGGAUCAGGAAGUUCAACAGAUGGGUGCUUCUGUGGACUCCCAGGCUUUGGAUCUCAGAGUGCUGUGGAGUUCAGACACAGGCAGGUGUGUAGAUGCCUCUGCAGUCCUGCUGGUGGAGUGUGAAAAGCACUUGACCUCAGGCCAGACCAGAGUGACAGCAUUCAUUGGUUCUCACUCCCAUAGACUGCAGGCUCUGCACCUGACAAGUGGAGAGAUCAAAUGGGAGCGUAUCCUUGGAGAUCGACUGGAGUCCUCUGCCACUGUCACUAAAUGUGGGACCCUGGUGGUUGUGGGUUGCUAUGACAAGCAGGUGUAUUUCCUGCAUGUGGACUCAGGGAAGACAUGGUGGACCUUUGAGACUGGGGAUGCAGUGAAGAGCUCGCCUGCUGUAGACCCUGAAACAGGGCUGGUUAUGCUGGGGUCUCACGAUGGCCAUAUUUAUGCAUUAGAACCUCAGGUUAAACAAUGUGCAUGGAAGCACCAUUGUGGUGGAGGAGCAGUUUUCUCUUCCCCCUGCAUUCACUCUUCAUUAAGACACCUGUACACUGCCACACUGGGAGGAAAACUCCUCUGUCUCAGCCCAGGCAGUGGGGCCCUCUUGUGGACGCACUCCAGUGGCUCGCCAUUCUUCUCAUCCCCCUCCUGCUCUGCCAGCUGCGUUUCCAUCGGCUCGGUGAAUGGAAACAUUUAUGGUUUCAGCCACGCAGGGGAAAUGCUGUGGCAGUUUUUCACCAAUGGACCAGUCUUCUCAUCACCAUCAACAUUUGCAUUCAGUCAGCGAGUAGUAUGUGGGUCACAUGACGGCUGUGUGUAUUGUCUGAGUUGUACUGAUGGUGCUUUGCUGUGGCGUUUUGCGACUACAGGCAAGGUUUUCUCCAGCCCCUUUGUGUUUGACGGCUCUCCAUGGGGAUUCAAGACUCUGGUUGCUUUCUCCUCCACAGAUGGAGCAGUGUGGGUACUAGAUGGAGAGAAUGGAACAUUGAAGGCCUCCCUCUCCCUGCCUGGGGAGCUGUUCUCCUCUCCUGUUGUUUGGGGGCACACCCUAGUAGUGGGAUGUCGAAAUGACUAUGUAUAUGCCAUAGAGUUGACAAAAAGGAGGGAAUCUCCAAGAGGUUCAAUGGUGGGCUAA